UUUAAUAUGAAAUAGAAGAAGAUAUCACACUGGGCCCCAAGACCACAGGCCAUGACAGUGUAACCCUGUACAGUCAGACAUACAUAAUGCAGACGGUGGGAUUCACUGUUUGAUGGAAGACUGAUACCCUCUAUAAGAAACAUGCUAACUGAGAUUUUCUACAUUUUAAAUGUCAUUUUAAUGGUAGAAUUCACCUUAAAAAAUAUUAAGCUUUUCAACUAAAACUAGAUGUUUUUGCAUGUUAUGACGAAACGCUAUGCUACCAGCUGCUGUUAGCUGAUGCUACCAGCUGCUAGCAGCUGUUAGGCGCUUUAAAGUGCUGAAAGAAAUCAAGUCACACUUGUCAAAGGUAAUGUGUGUUUUUCUCAGUAUGCCAGUAUAAAUACACUGCAGUGACAGUAACUGGUGGCGGUGUGGGGAGACAAAGGGACAGACUGACUAUGACGAGCUGCUACAUUUUGUCUGCACUGAUUAAAUAUUGGCUAAAAGACCAAACGUAAACACUCAGUCUAUGAAGAUAUUAAUUAAAUGAUGUUGGGGCAGUAAACGCAGCCUAAUUCACUGUGGGCUAAGAUACAAGUUUCCAUCACACACUUUGCAUCACUGUGAAAAACUUUGAAAAAACUGGAUGACUGUCCCCUUCCUUCUCUUUAUCGUCUUUCUUCUCGUUUUUCGGAAGCCAGACUUUUGGUCAGUUUGCCGAAGUCAAGAGCUAAACCCGACUCUUCAGAAAAACUCUACGAGCUCACUUUUGUCCAGUACAGCGACAGUCAUUUUAUAAUUCAGUAGUUUUAUGAGCGGAGUUCUGUAUUGGCUUCGGUGCCUACAGAUUACGUCAGGCGGUUAGCUAGCGAGAUCCGUAGCACUGAAGCUAACACUGAACUCCGCUCAGAUCUGCGCUAAAUUGUCGCAACACUUCGGUUUUACGGGAAUAAAUACCGAGAUUAAUGUGAAUUGUGGAGCUUUUCUGAACCACAGAGAGCUGCUCUUCAGUUCGGCAUAAAUAACAUCCACCAACACGAAUUCUCUCUCUAACACUUGAAACUUUUUGUUGUUCAUAAAGUUUUAGGGGGAAAAAAACACGUCUCUUAAGGUCGUCCGAACAUCUGAGGGGAAAAACUCAGUGUGAUAUUUAACCUAAAUGUUCUUCGUCACUUGCACCUGUGCCUACGUCAGUUUGCACAUCACUGUGACAGGUGGAUUAAGGCCAACCCUCAGUGUUUGAUGGCUGUGGAGACAAACGUCUGGUUCACGGUCCACCUUAAGGCUCAGACCCGUUCCUGUGAGCAGCAGAGUGGAGCCGCAGCCUGGACUCAGACCCGCUCUUAGUCCGGUUUCCCGGCGGAUCCCGAUCUCUGCGGUUCAACAUGAACUUCUCUGAAGCUAAAUCGGAGCUGAAGCAGCUGCUGAGCAGAGUGAGUCCGUCCGAGCUCCCGAAACUCCUGGACUGGCUCCGAAACUCAGACGAGCUGGACGAGCUGCUGCUGGACAACAGGAAGGUGAUGCUGCGGAGCAUCGCAGACGACCUGAGAGCCAGUCUGCCGCCGGACGCCAUGUUACCGUGUGAGACCGCCGCACAGCUCAGGAUGCAGCAGCGGUCGCAGCCCACCGUCCAUGUGGACAGCUUCCUGUACGAUGACGAGCAGGUGGACUCUCUGUGUGAGGAGGGAGCCAUGAGCCGCACCUACUGCCUCACCUGUGGCUCACACAGGAGCGCACCUCUGGACUUCAUCUCUCACUCCUUCUCAGUGUCUGAGCUUCAGUUCUUGUUCCUGAACGUUCUCCCAGACCUGAGCGGUUGGACGUUGGUGGACGUUGGAUCCAGACUGGGAGCUGUGCUGUACGGG